GGUGGCGGACACCAGGGCGCCGGAAGUUGUGCUCUCGGUGGAUGGUGGCCUUCCUUCUGGGUUCCCUGUGGCUGCUCUUCCAAUUUAGAAAGCCUCCCGCAACCUGUUCCUCGUCCCCGUUUGCAGAUGUCUGCGAUUCCCGCAGAGGAGAGUGACCAGCUGCUGAUCCGACCCCUUGGAGCUGGGCAAGAAGUGGGAAGAUCAUGUAUUAUUCUGGAGUUCAAAGGAAGAAAAAUAAUGUUGGACUGUGGGAUCCACCCAGGCCUAGAAGGAAUGGAUGCUCUUCCUUACAUCGAUUUAAUUGACCCAGCUGAGAUUGAUCUCCUACUAAUUAGUCAUUUCCAUUUGGAUCACUGUGGAGCUUUGCCCUGGUUUCUACAGAAGACAAGUUUCAAAGGAAGAACAUUUAUGACUCAUGCCACAAAAGCUAUUUAUAGAUGGCUUCUUUCAGAUUAUGUCAAAGUUAGUAAUAUAUCAGCAGACGACAUGCUGUAUACUGAGACAGAUUUGGAAGAGAGCAUGGACAAAAUUGAAACCAUCAACUUUCAUGAAGUGAAGGAAGUUGCAGGAAUCAAGUUUUGGUGUUACCACGCAGGCCAUGUCCUGGGAGCUGCCAUGUUCAUGAUUGAGAUCGCAGGCGUGAAGCUUUUGUACACAGGUGAUUUCUCAAGACAAGAAGAUAGACACUUAAUGGCAGCUGAAAUUCCUAAUAUUAAACCUGAUAUUCUUAUCAUUGAAUCUACUUACGGAACCCAUAUCCAUGAGAAGCGAGAAGAGCGAGAGGCAAGGUUCUGUAACACUGUUCACGAUAUUGUGAACCGAGGGGGCAGAGGUCUCAUUCCUGUCUUUGCUCUUGGAAGGGCUCAGGAGCUUCUCUUGAUUUUAGAUGAGUACUGGCAGAAUCACCCAGAACUCCAUGAUAUUCCAAUAUACUAUGCAUCGUCUUUGGCCAAGAAGUGUAUGGCAGUGUACCAGACAUAUGUAAACGCCAUGAAUGACAAAAUCCGCAAACAGAUCAACAUCAACAAUCCCUUUGUUUUCAAACAUAUUAGUAACCUUAAGAGCAUGGAUCAUUUUGAUGACAUUGGUCCCAGCGUUGUAAUGGCCUCCCCAGGCAUGAUGCAGAGUGGCUUAUCCAGAGAGCUCUUUGAAAGCUGGUGUACUGAUAAGAGGAAUGGCGUCAUUAUAGCGGGAUACUGUGUAGAAGGGACGCUUGCCAAGCAUAUCAUGUCUGAACCUGAAGAAAUCACUACCAUGUCCGGACAGAAGCUACCACUGAAAAUGUCUGUUGAUUACAUUUCUUUCUCUGCUCACACAGAUUACCAGCAAACCAGUGAAUUUAUUCGUGCUUUGAAACCGCCUCAUGUGAUUUUAGUCCAUGGAGAACAAAACGAAAUGGCCAGAUUGAAAGCAGCCCUGAUUCGAGAAUAUGAAGAUAAUGAUGAAGUUCACAUAGAGGUUCAUAAUCCUCGGAAUACAGAAGCAGUGACCUUGAACUUCAGGGGAGAAAAACUAGCCAAGGUCAUGGGCUUUUUAGCAGACAAAAAACCAGAACAAGGCCAGCGGGUCUCAGGAAUACUUGUUAAAAGAAACUUUAAUUAUCACAUACUUUCUCCUUGUGACCUCUCUAAUUAUACUGACUUGGCCAUGAGCACUGUAAAGCAGACCCAAGCCAUUCCAUAUACUGGUCCUUUUAAUUUGCUUUAUUACCAGCUACAGAAAUUGACAGGUGAUGUAGAAGAAUUAGAAAUUCAAGAAAAACCGGCUUUGAAAGUGUUCAAAAAUAUUUCUGUAAUACAGGAACCAGGAAUGGUGGUAUUAGAAUGGCUGGCAAACCCUUCCAAUGAUAUGUAUGCAGAUACAGUAACAACCGUGAUAUUAGAAGUCCAGUCAAACCCGAAAAUAAGGAAAGGUGCAGUACAGAAGGUUUCUAAAAAAUUAGAAAUGCACGUCUAUAGCAAGAGGUUGGAGAUCAUGCUCCAGGACAUAUUUGGAGAAGACUGUGUUAGUGUAAAAGAUGGUUCUAUUCUUAGUGUCACAGUGGACGGAAAAACUGCUAACAUAAACUUGGAGACACGGACUGUAGAAUGUGAAGAAGGAAGUGAAGAUGACGAAUCCCUCCGAGAAAUGGUGGAACUGGCGGCCCAGAGACUAUAUGAGGCCCUCACGCCAGUUCACUAAUAACCUUAUGUCUCUGUAGAUGUUAAAACUUUUUUGUAAUGCUUGACUCUACUUCUGUUACUUAAAAUAAAAUACAUUAAAUACAUUAAAAUAAAAUACAAUGUAUAAAAUACAUUAAUUUCUCUGGGGUAGCCUAUUUACUUUUGAUGGCAAAUGGCCUUUAUUCCAGCACCUAUUUGAAUACUGCUAAAUUACCAACUUAUUUGUCCAUUAUUCUAGCACUGCUAAAUAAACUGCCGUUACUGAUUCUGCUUCUAGGGUUGUAUGCAGCUCCCACUGAAACCUUUGAGAUCUGCUCAUAGCAGCUGAAACAGAAUGUCUUUAUUGUCUGUUUUCAGGAAGGAAAUGAGUGAUGGUUUGAAUUUUCAUAUCCAUUUUCUGAAUUUGAAUUAAUAAUUACAUAUUAUCACUUAAAGUUUUAAGCCCUUUUUCUGUUUCUUCCCUCCCAGUAUUCUUGGCAAAUUCCUUAGUUUAUACGUCUGUAAAAUUGGGACUUUCGAGAUUCAAUAAUAUUUUCUUUGUAUAAUGUCUACAUUCAAUUCAGAGAUACUCAAAAUAUAAUUUUUAUGACUCAA